AUGGAAGACGACAGCGAGAGCUGCAGGAGCAUGGAUAUUACGAGUCUUCUCUACUGCCACGAAGACCCUCUCGUCUCCACGCCGCCACCGGCGUCUCCGGCAGCAGCAGUUGCCCCGCGAGGAGAUGAUCCAGCCGCUGCUGAUGGUAUCAAUGUGCUAUUCCAGUCAUCAUCACUUGCGGCCGCGGUCAUAGGAGAUCAGCAAGAAGAACUUUUGAUGGACUACAUGGCCAGGCAGAGAUGCUAUGCGCCGACCAGAGGCUACCUCGACCAUCUGCUGACACAGCAGCAGCAGCAGGGAUCAUCGUCCUCACCUUCGAUUUCUCACGGUGUGUCCAGCGCUCGCUCCAGAGGCGUGCAAUACAUCAUCUAUGCAUUUGGUAGGUUGGGAUUGGCGGCGGCGACGGCGUUCAACGCAGUCAACUACCUCGACCGCUUCCUCUCCAUCAACUGCCAUCUGAGGUGGGAGGUGUGGAUGGUUGAAUUGGUGAGCGUGGCCUGCCUGUCGAUCGCAUGCAAGCUGGACGAGGUCAAUAUCCCAUCACUUCACGAUCUCCAGAUGGAAGAGGCGAUGAGCAACACGUUCCGGCCACCGUCGAUCCGGGACAUGGAGCUGACGCUGCUCAAGGCGCUCCAAUGGCGCAUCGCCUGCGUCACCCCCUACUCCUUCCUCCAACUCCUCCUCCCCCUUAUUACUUGCAGCACCUCAGCAGCUUCUCGCUGCACCCGCCUCCUCAUCCGCUCGCUCUCAGAGCCCUCGUUGCUCCGGUUUGAUUCCUCUGUGAUUGCCGCAUCUGCUCUUCGGUCUGUUGCACUACAAGAUCAUCAUCAGGCUCAUGUCUCCUGCCAUAUCAGCCACCUUAUUUGUCGGGAGUGCGCAUUGGACAAAGACGCCGUCAAUGAGUGCUUCGAGAUGAUGAAAACACUCCACACAAGCUUGGACUUGAACAAUAAUCAUCUGAUGUACAGUAGAGAUCAGCAGUGGAGCCCGAUUUCAGUUAUCCCCUUUCAAACUGACGGUACAGUUAACAGGUCAGCAGUUACUCGUCGCUUAUUUGGCAGAUUGAUGCCUGACGGUACAGAAAAUGGAGAUAGUACAUCAUCACAUACACAAAGAGAUGAAGUGAUCUCACACAAGUAA